AUGGCCGCUCGCAAAGGUAAACAAAAGGAAGAACAAGCUGUUGUUACACUUGGCCCACAAGUUCGCGAAGGUGAGAAUGUCUUUGGUGUUGCGCACAUCUUCGCUUCUUUUAACGAUACUUUUGUGCAUGUCACUGAUCUUUCUGGACGCGAAACUAUUGUGAAAAUUACUGGUGGUAUGCGUGUAAAAGCUGACAGGGAUGAAGCCAGUCCAUACGCAGCUAUGCUUGCUGCUCAGGACGUUGCUGAACGUUGCAAACAGGUUGGAAUUACCGCUCUUCAUGUCAAACUUCGAGCAACGGGUGGCACCAAGACUAAAACGCCUGGCCCUGGAGCUCAGGCCGCGCUUCGUGCUCUUGCUCGUUCCGGAAUGAAGAUUGGACGUAUUGAGGAUGUUACACCAAUACCGACGGAUACUACACGUCGUAAGGGAGGUCGACGUGGACGUCGUUUAUAA